AUGUCGCGAGCCGGUAUCCGGAUGGGCGAAAGACGUGGAGUGGCAGCACAUGCUACUUUCGCUGGCGAAUCUCGUCGUUCAGGCAAGUGGCAGUUCGUCCAAGCCGAUAAGCCGUGGAUGCCGCUCCUCCUCAUCUCCGACUGCCGGCCACCGUUAAACCUCCUGCCGUGCGACCGGCUGGUUAAACGGGACGGGCCGGUCUGGCUGUACAACCUGACGGCCAGCGAUCUUCGAACCAGGCUGCAACCGGCUGGAUCAUGCGCCAUGGCGCAACCGACAUUGACGGCCGAAGAGCCGCCCGCCAUAGGCACAGUGGCGUACGCGACAGUGCUGCACACGGUGGAGAAUUACGUGUGUGGCGCGAUCGUGCUGGGCCACAGCAUUCGGCGCAGCGGCAGCCGGCACGACAUGGUGGCGCUGGUGUCGCACGAAAUCAGCAACCGCAGCCGCGACGCGCUUCGCGAGGCGGGGUGGAUCGUCAAGGAGAUCGACCGGAUCCGAAACCCUUACGGCAGCAAGACGUCGUACAACCAGUGGAACUACAGCAAGCUGCGCUUGUGGCAGCUGACAGAGUACUCAGCGGUGGUAUUCGUGGACGCGGAUCUGCUGGUGCUGCGCAAUCUCGACCACCUCUUCGCCUUCCCCGACGUGGCGGCGCGAGGCAACGACCAGACGGACUUCAACUCGGGCCUCAUGCUGCUGCGCCCCUCCCACUGCACCUUCCGCGAGCUCCUCGCCAACGUGCACACCAUCCGCUCGCCCAACGGGGGCGAUCAGGGUUAUCUGAACAACAUCUUCACGUGGUGGCACCGCCUGCCCAACUCGUACAACACUCUGAAGCACAUCUGGGCGUCCGACCCCCAUGACCGAGCGCUCGAGCUAGAAAUGAAGAACCGGUGGUUCUCAGAAGAGCCGGCAGAGAUCCACACCAUCCACUACCUCGGCCGCAAGCCCUGGCAGUGCUACCGCGACUUUGACUGCACGUGGCUGUACCCGUGGGACCAUAACUUUGCUAACGAAGCAGCUCAUAAGCGGUGGUGGGCCAUGCAUGAUACUAUGCCAGAAUCCCUGCAGCAGAUGUGCUGGUUGAGGAAUGAAGACAAGACGGAGAUGGAGUUCAGAAAGAGGGGUCUCGAGGCGAAGAACGCCCCGCCUGGUUUUUGGAAUUUCACUGUGACGGAUCCCAGGAAGGAUUACUGCUUCCCCGGGCAGAAGACGUGCCAGUGGGAGCUGUAUCUGGAGCACUGGAAGCGGCGGUAG